AAUCAAAAUCUGACUCAGAGGGAAAGAAUUGUGAAAAUGCUCCCUAGUACGGGGGGUAGGCCAGCGUAUGAUAUAACCAAAGAAAAAAUCGAGCUAUUGCGAGAGACAGGCAUGAACUGGAAGAGUAUUGCUGCUUUUUUACAGGUAUCAGAGAAAACCCUGUCACGUAGGAGGGAAGAAUUUGGUAUUGCAUCAACUUAUUCUCAAGUAUCUGACAGUUGUUUGGACCAAACCAUAGAAGAAAUCCUGCAAUUGACACCAUAUAGUGGAGAGACUUAUGUGAAAGGAAGUUUGCAUGCAAGGGGUGUACUUGUUCAGAGAUCACGAGUGAGGGAAAGUUUGCAACGUGUUGAUCCUAUAGGUCGAAGCUUGAGAAGAAGAUAUGCUAUUUGUCGAAGAGUUUAUAAUGUUAAGGGACCCAAUAAUUUAUGGCAUCUAGAUUCAAAUCACAAGCUUAUAUCAUGGAGGAUGGUUAUACAUGGUUGCAUUGAUGGAUUUAGUCGAGCCGUUAUUUACUUAAAAUGUUGCACUGAUAAUAGAGCAUCAACAGUUUUGAAUUUAUUUAAGCAAGGUGUUGAAGAUUUUGGAUUGCCAUCGAGAGUGAGAGGAGACCAUGGUGUUGAAAAUUUUGAGGUGGCAAAAUAUAUGAUUUCAAGCAGAGGGAUGGACAGAGGAAGCUAUAUAGCUGGUCGAAGUGUUCAUAACCAGCGGAUAGAAAGACUAUGGGCUGAGGUCAACAGAGUUCUAUCUGCACUUUACAAAGGAAUCUUCAAACAUUUGGAAGAGAAUUCAUUACUUGAUUCAUUGAAUGAGGUGCAUCUAUUCUGUUUACAGUUCGUUUAUCUACCUCGAAUUAAUGCUUCAUUGGCUGAAUUUGUUACCCAAUGGAAUUACCAUGGGCUCAGAACAUGCUCUCACCAAACACCUAUGGCUAUGUGGCAAACGAACAUGCUGUUGGAGUCAGACGAAUCAUCAUUAAUAAAUUUUGAAUUGUAUGGAAUAGAUUUUGAAGGCCCAUUGCCAGACAUUAUCACAUCAAACAACAUUGUUGUUCCAAACUCUGAUGUGGAACUAACCGAUGAGCAGUUUCAGAUUUUGAAUGACCAAGUUAAUCCAAUGUCAAAUGAUGGCGAUAAUGGAAUCAACCAUUACUUGCAAGCUCUACAUAUUAUCGAGGACUUUCAAUUAAGGACAGUAGUCAAUGAUAAUGCAGACGAUGAAUACAACAGAUAUGUAUGAAUAUAUCAUGGUUAAACUUUU